GGUUAUUUUCCCAUGAUUCCUUGCGUUCAUCAUGGCCGCGCUGUGCUGUCCGCCAUGCGUGUAAACACUCGUUAAUUCAUCGAAGAGGAUCAAAGUUUAAAAGUGUUAAAUGAAUAAUUUUAAACACACAACUACUUUCCGACUACAUUUGACUUGAAGACCAGGUACGAAGCGAAGAUGAAAGUCAAAUCCAAGUCAACGAAUCACAAAUCUGAGAACACCUACAGGUUUCUCACUUUUGCUGAGAGGCUCUCCAAUGUCAACAUUAACAUCAUCCACCGGAUUGAUAGAACUGGAUCCUAUGCAGAGGAAGUCGAAACCUAUUUCUUCGAGGGCCUGACAAAAUGGAGGGACCUCAACUUGACAGAAAACUUUACUACGUUUGUGAAGGAGGUCUCCAACAAGAGUCAGUCGUUCAACAUGCUGGUUUUCCAUCAAAAGUCCAUCGUCGAGAGUCUGAAAACACACUUAGAAGUCAAGAGCAGUCUGGCCUACGAACCUCUGCUCGACUUGGUGGUGCAGUUGGCCCGAGACCUGCAGGCUGACUUCUACCCUCACUUCCCCGAGUUCUUCACGCUGAUCACCGCGAUGCUGGACACCAAGGACAUGGAGGUUCUGGAGUGGGUUUUUACAUGCCUUUCCUACCUGUACAAGUACCUGUGGCGGCUCAUGGUCAAGGAUAUGGACAACAUCUACAGCUUGUACAGCACACUUCUGGAGCACAAGAAGGACCACAUCCGCAGGUUUGCAGCAGAGAGUUUUGCGUAUCUGAUGAGAAAGGUUCCCGAUUUGGACGUCCUGCUGUCUUUUAUAUUCUCCGACCUGCAGCAGCACCCGGCCAAGGCCGAAGGAGUCGGACGGCUGGUUUUCGAGAUGUGCAAAGGCGUCCGGCACAUGCUUCACUCGUGCGCCGCAACCGCGCUUCCCACGGCUCUGCGUAAGAUCGGACCUAUCACCAACCCGGGGCCCCCUUUGCCGUGGGACCUGGUGCGGGAUGCGCUGGAUCACACAGCCCAAGCUGCGGCCAAUCAUGUGGAGAAAGAACAGUUCUUGGUUUUUUGGGAGUCUUUACAGGCCAGCGUGGACGAGGUUUUCGGCAUUUUGGAGGCCAAGGGAGAUGAGUCCGGAGCUGCAGGAGAGCAGCUCGAAAGGCUGCUGUUCAUCCUCCACACUUUGGUGUCUCACAAGGACGGCGCUAAGAUCACAAAGCCAGAGGCCGUCAGCCAGACCGUGCUGCGCCUUAUUCAGAGUUCCCAGCUUUCCACUUCCUGUUCACGUCUGCUCCUCCAGAUCAUCUCCUCCUUGCUCCUUGGGGAGAACAUCGUACUCCCUGACACUCUCAUCCAAGAAGUGGUCCACAAGGUUUUUAGCAGCUCAGUUGGAGAAGAUCUCAUCCUCGAGUUUACCAAGGAGAUGUUCACCAUGAAGCAGUUUGAGCAGCUUUUUCUGCCCACCCUCCUGAGCUUCACCACCGGCUUGUUCGGCUGCGGAGAUCCCGUGUCCCGCCACCGCGCGCUGGAGGUGCUCGUCAACCUGAUCCUCGUCAAAGCCCCGCCGCCCACAGACGGCGCCAUGGCGUUUGAGACCUACCCGCUGCUCUUCACGGGGCAGACCACCGGUGUGUUCAGCAACAAGGCGGAACCAGAGCUGAGAGCGGUGCCGGAGCUGGUCCUGUCGCUCAUUGCAAUACCCGAGCAGAAAAACGGGCCCGUCGCUGAUCUGUCGCUGCGUUGGAGCGCACUGGUGCUGCUGCCACACCUCAGGCCUCUUGUUCCAGCUAAUGUCUUCCCUGCGAUCACUGCCUUUUUAAACCACAUGCUGUGUGAAAUUGAGAUGGAAAAUUUGGGAAAAGCCGGUCUGUUUGUUGCCGCACAAGCCCUCAGCUCCCUCCUCACUCUGGACGGUUCGGCCCACCCGCUCUCUCUGGCCACUGUGGAAAAAAUCACGACCAUCCUGAGGAAGUUCCCCACAGAACUCUCAGCCCUGCUUCUCGGAGACCUCUAUUACACCCGCCUUUCCUUGAGUGGCGCUUCAGAGCAUCUAUCCCAUGAUGCACUUCUAGAUAUUUACCAGAUUCUGCAUGGGAACCUGUCCUCCAACAUAUCCAAGAUGCGGCUGCUGACCCUCAGGAUCCUUUCAAACUUCGAGCCAAAGCUUCCAGUCCCAGAGGAGCCCGACGAAAGCGUCGAGGUGCAGCCCGUGUUCGCCGUCAUCCUGCAGGCGGAACUGGUGCCCGCCUCCGUUCAGGACUACCGGGAAAAACUGCUGCACCUGUGCAAACUGCGGCACGACUUGGUGCAGCGCAGCCUGCCGCAAGGGCCGCGCGGCACCUUCCAGCAGGUGCCUCUGCGUUACCUCUUAGCAAUGCUAUUUGUCAACUUCAAGCCACUAUGGGAUCCCGUCAUUGAACUUCUCGGGAGCCACGCCAGGGGGAUGGACAACAAAGAAUUCUGGAUGGUGUACCAUGAACAUCUACAAAAAGUGGCCGUGUUAGCUGAGAAAGAACUACAUGAAAGUAGUGAUGAAGACGAUGAUGAUGAAGUGGAAGACAUGGACGUCCAGGCCGAGCCUGGCUGCGACGUCAUCGAAAGCGGCGACGCGGGGGUGCUCUUCCUGCAGCAGCUCAAGUCGACCUUGCACCCCAACGAGAGGACGGACUUCUCCAACUUCCGUGGCCUGAUGUGGCGUGCCAUGGCCCAGUUUCCGGACAGGGUGGAGCCACGUAGCCGGGAGCUGAGCCCCCUGCUGCUUCGGUUCAUCCAGAAUGAGUUUUAUCUAGCGGACUUGCUGGUGGCGCCAACUCAGGACUUGAGGAAAAAGAAUGAGACUGCCCGGGAGGCACCCGCGACGAUGGAGAAGGAAGAGGAGGAGGAAGAGGAAGAUAAAGAGGAGGAGGAGGAGGAUGGCAAACGACAAAGGAAAGCGCCACCACGGAGAGCGGCCGCAAAGCAGCUCGUCACCCACCUGAACGUUUUCGCCAAGUUCGCCAAUCCUCGCUCGCUCUGCAUGGAGAGCAGCCUGAGAGAACUCUACUACCGACUCCUCUGCCAUCAGGAUAAAAAAAUCCAGCAAGUGGCCCUCCAGUGUAUUCUUACAUAUAAAGAUCCGUUCGUAGUCCCGUACAAGGACAAUCUGGAAAAGCUGUUAGACGACAAGCAUUUCAAAGAAGAAAUUGUCCACUUUAACAUCUCGGAGGAGACGGGAGUUGUCGACGCUUCACACAGAGCUGGACUCAUUCCCUUACUCAUGAGGAUCCUGUUCGGCCGUCUGCGCAGCAAAGGCAACAGCCGCUUCCAGAGCAAGGCCAGCGCCUCCACGCGCUCUUCCAUCAUCCUGCGUUUCCUGGCCGGAUGCCACGAGGCGGAGCUGGGCAUGUUUGUGGAUCUGCUGCUGGAGCCCGUCUGUCACCACGGCGAUGGUCCCUGUCGGGACGCGGUCGAGCGAGCCGUUGCCGAGACGGAAGCAGGCGCUGUGCUGCCACUGGGCCGCCAGCACAGCCUUCUGAACAUCAUCAACGUGGUCAUCCAGAAGCUGGGCCACCUCAUUGAGGACCACCUGCCCAAAAUGCUGCAGAUCAUGCUCUGCGUCACAGCCUCCGUGUCCGCCAUGCUGGAGAUCAGGGAACAGCUGCGGCCCGGUUGCAUCAGUCCUUUAAAGAACCUGAGGCGCCUCGGUAUCCUGAUCGUCCAGGACUUUUUUGAGAACUUUGACAACUUCGACUUCAGCGCGGAUCAGUUGGAUGGCGUCUUCAUGGCUGUUGUGUGGCCUCAGGUGCAUCGCCUCCCAACUGAGAGUCCUUACUCGCCCACUCCACUACUGAAGCUCAUCUAUGUGUGGUGUAAACACGCCAGGUAUUUCCCGCUCUUGUCCAAGCAGCGGCCCGACCACCCGGAGUGCGACGUACUCCUGAACGUCUUCGCCCUCCUCUCCGCCAAGAACAGCUCGCCCGCCACCCUCGCGAUGGUCAUGGACAUAGCCGAGUCCCUGGCGACCAUGCAGGACUUUGUCGCCACGGAGACGCAGGCAGAGCUGAGUGUGGGCGGCAGUGUCUUUCCACAGCCUGCAGACGGCACGCUUGCUGCAGACUCAUUGACGCAGGGCUCCAGGUUGCUGGCGCCUCACAUCACCACCCUGCUGCACUACCUCAGCGCAGUGGUCUGCAACACUGACAGGCUCAAGAAGAAGAAAUUUCGCUUGCAGGUGUCCAAGGAACUCAACAUCCUCUCCAAAAUCAGUGUGUUCGUCAGCGAGAAAGAACAGAGUUCAACACUUAUCAGGCUGUUACUGCCUUACCUGUUAAAGGGCAAAAACCCCGAGGAGUUGGAACUGGACAUCCUGGCCACCGUGCAGAACCUCCUACGGCAGUGCCUGCAGCCCUCGGCGUUCCUGCAGCCGCUCAGCAAACUCUUCUCUGUCGUUCACAUGAAGCUGCCAAGGCAGGCCCUCACCCGUGUCUUCCAGACGUUAUCAGAAAUUGAUCCGUCGCUCGCAUACAUCACCGACAUGGCCGCAAAGCUCAACGCCUUCGACAGUCGCCACUUGGAUGAGGUUUACUUUGACGUACGCUUGACAGCUUUCCAGGACGCCACCAAGCGUGUGAAAGAGAUGGAGUCCCUGGACCUCAACUACAUCGGCACACUCAUCCAUAACUGCUUCCACACUUAUGAGAUUCAGGACAUGUCGCUAGGCGACAACGCCACGUUGUGUCUCUCAGCAAUAAUUAGCCAGGUGGAGGCGGUCGGCGCCGGAGAGCAAGUCUAUAAGGACGUCAUCCAACACACAAUCUUGGAGGCUGUGCACAAGGGACUUCGGAGCAAAACAGAGAGUGUGCAACAGGAAUACACCAAUGUACUGGCCUGCUUGGUGAAGACCUUCCCGACAAGGAAAGAGUUCCGAGACAUGGUGCAGCUCACUGACUACAAUGACCCCGAGUCCGACUUCUUUGAGCACAUGAAGCACAUCCAGAUCCACCGUCGAGGUCGGGCCCUGAGGAAGUUGGCCAAGCAACUAACCGAGGGCACAGUGGUGCUGUCGCCUCGUUCGCUCCAGAAUUUCAUCAUGCCGUACGCCUUGACGGCCCUGAUGGAUGAGAAAAUGCUCUCGCACGAGAGCAUGAGGACCGCAUCUGUGGAGGUUGUGGGUGCCGUGUGCCGCCGGCUGACUUGGUCCAAAUACCUUUUCUACGUGAAGCACUUCGUUCACAUUUUGCAGACGUCGCAGGCCGAACAGAAACUGGCUGUGAAUUUGCUGGUCAAAGUCCUCGACGCGUUCCACUUCGAUCACGAGACCCUGACCCGAGAGAUGGAAGCUGCUAAAGCACGAGAAGCCUCGAGCACUGCGACAGAUCUUCAGGAGCAAGAACCUGGGGACGGACAGUCAGAGGCCAUGGACAUCGACGGCGAGCUUCCUGCGAAAACUGCCACUGUCGAAACUCCUGGCGAAGUAAAUGUUGUUGCCUCAAAGAAAACGACUGUUAAAGCGAAAACCCCGCCAGCUCCCAAGCCAGUGGCGGUUUCCUGCGGGCUCCCACAGAGCAAAGAGGAGCUGGAAUUGCUUAUGAGCACCAUCCAAGAGAGCGUAACUGGCAGCGUCUUGCCUCGGCUUCAUAAAUGUCUCAAUGCCAAGGUGAAACGUGAUGAUGAGCACAAGACGGUAAAGUCGAAGGAUGUGAAGGAAGAGGAAGUGGCACGCAUUCCGAUCGCCUUCGCCAUGGUCAAACUCAUGCAGACUCUUCCGCCGGAGAUCAUGGAAGCCAACCUGCCGGGGAUUCUGAUCAAGGUGUGCGUGAUACUGAAGAGCCGAUUCCAGGAGGUCCGCGACGUGGCCCGGGGAACGCUGCUGAAGAUCAUAGAGACGCUGGGCUACCGCUACCUGCAGUACCUGCUGAAGGAGAUGCAGGGCAUCCUCGUAAAAGGUUACCAGGUCCACGUUCUGACAUUUACUGUGUACCAGCUGCUCUCGGCCCUGAGUCCAACUCUGAAAAGUGGUGACUUGGACCCGUGCAUGACCAUUCUUAUCGACAUCUUCAACAACGAGCUGUUCGGCGUCAUCGCCGAGGAGAAGGAGGUGAAGGGCAUCGUCUCCAAGCUGAUGGAGGCGCGACACAGCAAGAGCAUGGACUCCUAUGAAUUUCUGGCCCAGUUCUGCAGCAGGGAGAGCAUCACCAAGCUUGUUCUGCCAUUGAAGGAGAUCCUGGAGAACUCGUCGAGUAUCAAAGUUUGUAACCGCGUCGCAGCUGUUCUGCGGCGCCUGAUUCUGGGUCUGCUGGUCAACACAGGCAUGAGCUCCUCUGACAUCCUGCUGCUUAGCCACGGUCUCGUCAGCCAGAGCCUGCCUCUGCUCACGAAGAAAGACAGGGACAAAGCUCAGCCUCCGCCAGACGCUCGAUUGCCCCCUCCCAGCUGCCUCCUCCUCCCGCCAACUCCGAAGAGGGGUGGCGUCAAACCUUCAGUUAGUAGAAAGACCAACAUGCACAUCCUGGUGGAUGCGGGUCUUAAGCUGCUCCAUUUGAGUCUGAAGAAAGCCAAAGUGACGUCUUCUGAGGAGUCGGCCCUCGAGAUGUUGGACCCAUUCGUAUCGCUGCUGCUUGAAUGCCUCAACUCCAUGCAUGUCAAGGUGAUCACAGAGGCUCUGUUGGCAUUUAUAUGGGUGCUGAAGUUCCCGCUGCCCUCUGUGGAGAAGAACAUGGGUCACCUGACCAAGCAGCUUUUUGUCCUGCUGAAGGAUUACUCCAAGGCUGGGGCUGCCCGCGGGGAGAACUACCUUCUGGUCCAGAACUGCUUCAAGACUAUUACAAUACUGGUGAAAAAUGUGAAGAACAGCAAGAUUUCCGAGAUCCAGCUGCAGGUUCUGCUCGGUUAUGCCGAGGAGGACAUCUACGAUCACUCUCGGCAGGCGACUGCCUUCGGCCUCCUAAAGGCAAUCGUGUCCCGGAAGCUCAUCGUUCCCGAGAUGGAGCCGCUGAUGAGAAAAGUGGCCAAGCUGUCAAUAACAGGGAAUAACUCGAUGAUCCGAGUCCACUGCAGACAGAUUUAUCUUAAAUACCUGUUGGACUACCCUGUGGGGAAGAAACUGCCGCAGCAUUUGGACUUUAUUGUGGCCCAGCUGGCGUAUGAACACGACAUUGGCAGGGAGUCGGCGCUGGAGAUGCUCGCCCACAUCUUCCAGAGUUUCCCUCAGAGCUUACUAAUGAAGUUCAGCAACCUCUUCUUUGCCCCGCUGGCCCUGGUCUUGGUCAACGAUGACUCGGCACGCUGUAAGAAAAUGGCCGCCAUGGCCAUCAAGUCCCUCCUGGCCAAACUGGACGCCAAUGAGCAGAACUCGCUGUUCUCCCUUGUCAGCACUUGGCUGAAUGAAGAUAAGGUGAGCCUGAGGCGUCUGGGCGCUCAGCUUUGUGGUUUGUUCGUGGAGGUCGAGGAGGAGAACUUUGCCAAGCGGCUCGACAACCUUCUGCCCCUGUUGGAGAAGGAGCUCAACCCAGACAACUACAAAGAUAUUGAUGAAGAGGAGGAUGAGCGAGCAGCAGACAGGCUCUUGUUUACUUACCUCACGCUUGUCACCAAACUGAUCAAGUACUGCGGCUUCCUGGAACUCACCAAACCUCGUGACACCCUCACCCACAUUUGGGGCCACGUCGAAGCCCACCUGCUCUACCCUCACUGCUGGGUGUGGCUGACCGCCUCGCAGAUCUUCGGCCAGCUCUUCGCGGCCCGCCAGGCGGAGGAGCUGGUUGCGGCGUGGAGACAAAAGAGGGGCAAGGAAUCGUUGCCUCAGGUGGCGCCCGCUUUCAUCAGCAGCAAUCUGGACAAAAAGAUGAGAGCGCUGGCGUUAUCCUUUUGCCAGCAGCUGCAGUCGAAAUUCUUGGAUGAGACAUCCGGCGAGCAGGUGGUCAAAAACCUCCUCUUUGUGGGCAAGGUCAUCUACCUCCUUUCCCCGGGGUCGGACAUCGCCGCCCCUGAGGAGGAAAUGGAGGAUGAGAAACAGGAAGAAGAGGAGGAGGAGGAGGAGCAGCAGCAGCAGCAGCAGGCGGAUGAAGAGGAGAUGGAGGGAAAAAAAUGUGAGAAGGAUGAAGAAGAACAGGCUGACGACCAGGACAACAAACCUCCGUCGCUGCUGUGGCUGAUAAAGAAGCUGUCGCUGACGGCCAAAAGGGAGGCGGCAGAGACUCCCAAAAUUCCCCUGAAGAGAACCUGUGUGUUUAAAUUCCUGGGCGCGAUCGCAAUGGACCUCGGCAAGGAGCGACUCUGCCGAUAUUUGACCACCAUCAUUGCUCCACUAUAUCGAGAACUGGACAGUACUUACGCAGACCAAGAUCCGACAUUGAAGAACUUGGCCCAGGAGCUGAUUGAGAUGAUGAAGAAACAAGUGGGACUGGAGAGGUUCUCGCUAUCUUUCUCGACGGUGCAGAAGCAGUUUUCAGUGCGGCGGGCCACGCGCAAGCGACAGCGAGCCAUGCAGGCGGUGACAAACCCCGACAUCGCUGCGAAGAAGAAACUCAAGAAGCACCUCAAUAAAAUUGAAGCCAGAAAGCGCAAGAUCGAGUUCCUUCGGCCUGGCUACAAAGCCAAGAAGCACCGCAGCCACGCGCUAAAGGACCUGGCCAUGGUGCAGUGA